CCAUCUUCCUCCACCCUUGAUCCAUUGCUUUUCCCAACUUCGCACAUAUCUCUCUGUGGCGGGACUUGGCUUGUGCCUACAGCAAUUGGGAAUGGCUGACAGAACAUGGGAUCACAGUAGAGCAGCGUGGCUGUAUCCUCUGCGUGGAAUCUACUUUACCUUCUCCCACCGAUAUCUUUGGCCGUUGUUCAGGGCUCGGCUGAUUCCGAUUGUCCUGCUCUCUGCCUUCAUCUACGUCCUGCUAUUCCUGUUUACGUAUCUGCCGCAAGUGGCUUUCCUCGCGAUAUUCCAGGGUGCUGGCGCAUGGGUCAGUGGCGCGGUCCUCGUUCUCGGAGAAGGGGCCGCGAUCGUGGCGAUUCUGUUUGAGGCCUUCUUCGUUGAUGAAACGCUGGUGGACAUCUUCGACGCGGUGCUCGUGAGCGAAGGCCACGGCGACCUUGUGAAUGCCUCGCGGGUUUUAUACCCACAAGGCGACGAUGUCGUACAGCGACUCGGCAAACCCACCCAGAGCGCCGUCUAUGCGCCGUUCUCCCUGCGGCAGAUUCUGGAAUUCAUCGUUCUGCUCCCGCUGAACCUUAUUCCCUUCCCAGGCGGCACCCUCAUGUUUCUCGUGUUGACGGGCUAUCGGGCGGGACCCUUCCACCACUGGCGCUACUUCCAGCUGCUGGAUCUCUCGAAGCAGCAGCGGAAGGAGAGUAUACGUCGCCGGCAGCUGCAGUAUACUACGUAAGUGACUUCCCACCCUGGCUCUUCGGGGGCGGACGGUGCACUCCGCCCUCUCGGAGGAAGGAUCCACCGACUCGGAUACUUAAUUAACCACAACCCUAGAUUUGGGACGGUCGCCCUGGUGCUUCAACUAGUUCCAAUCUUGUCCAUGUUCUUCCUUAUGUCGAC